AUGUCAGGUUUGUCCUUUAUAAGUCAGUACGGCGACGACGAGGAUUCACAAUCAGAUGAAAACGACAACUGUAAAAUACAGAAGAUCAAAUUACCAACACCAAAUUUAAGUGAAGUCCCUGUGGUGUCUACUGAAGAACACAUUGACGACCCAAGUCUGCAUGGAGGAAGACUUAGAUCUUUUCCCCAUGUAAGAGGAAAUUGGGCAAGCUUUGUUUACAUUGAAUAUCCAGAACAGGAUCACUUGUAUAAAACUAUAAAUAACUUAUCAAAACUUGUGUCAUCGCUAAACAUUUCAUGUAAUACAUGUGAGGGUAUCCAUUUGAGUCUUUCUAAAACUUUUACAAUACAAUACCAUAUGAUAAGACCUCUAUCAGCUGCUCUCCAAGAAGUUGUUGGUGAUAUUGAAAGCUUUGAAUUAUAUUUUGAUAGUGUUGAAGUUUAUUGUAAUGAGGAAAAAACUAGAACAUUUAUUGCAUUAAAAGCAGACAUUUAUAGCAGCAAGAUUUUGGCAAAUAUAACUGACAAAAUAGAUGGUAUUUUAGAAGAUUAUAAACUACCAAAAUUCUAUCAGGUAUGCUACUAA